GGGUGACGUUGCAGUUCUUUCUGUCUCUCAACACCUCUGUCGGCUUCUUCUUUCUGUCGUUCUUUAUUGUUUCCUUGUUUCCUGUUCGAAUACCCCGCCGUUAGACUCGUGGUAGUGGGAAUCCAUUGGCUGGUUACUGUUCCCCUCUUCUCCCGACCCACCCGGAUUGGAUCCUCUACAGCUGUCCUCUUGUCAUGUUGAGAUAACGUCUCCAAAUCCUUGUACGGUGGCUGUCGGAGCUGCCAAUUAGGCAAAAGCGUGAUGUCCUCUGCGAGUCCCCGGAAGUCUGUUGACAGUCUGGCUUCGGGCGCGUCCGUUCCUUCGUUCUCUCAUCACUCGCUCAAUCAAACUGAAUCCCCACGCCGGCCGUCCCAGCGAUUUCCCCUGAGACGGGGGUCAACGGCCUCCCUCGCGAGCAUUGGCGGUGUCCUCGAUAUUACAUCCACCCGGAAUGGUUCGAUAGCAGAGUCGGGUCAGAAUGCCAUUUCUACCCUCCUUCAACCUCCGAUCGUUCGGACGGGCCUAGUUCCCCACACCGCAGUUCCCUCGACCGGGUACAAACCUCCGAGUACCCGCGACAUCCCUCCUGUGACCUUGACGAAUAUUCCUCGCGUGGACUCCAAGGCGUUCGAGCCGUAUCUGUCGCAGGUCGGAUCGCUGUACGAUGUCUUCCAGCAUGCCAAGGAGAGCUCCGAGGAGUCGCAGCUGGCUAGAGGCGCAAGCGUGGCUUCAUCCCCGAAGCCUGAGGAUUACGAAUCGUUCAUCUCUGGAUCACGGGAACGGCGACCUUCAGGAAUUUCCCUCGACUCCCGUGCAAGCUCGCCGUUCGACGUACGGGGUCGGCAACGGUCCUUCGGCGGACGAGGCCGUCCCCACGCCGUCACGCCGUUAUCAACAAUUCCCAACGUUUACUUCAACGAUGACUUCCAUCUCGAGAACCCUAGGACAUUCGAUGUCAUGUCGGAGAAGUCGGAGGUCGUGACGCCUCCCAGAACUCCAAACAAGGAUGGGCUACCGGCAAACGGAGUUGCGGUGGAACCUGUCACCCGGGGAAGGAAAGCUCUUGCCACAAACGCGAUCUUGCAGGAGAAACUCUCGUGGUACAUGGACACGGUGGAGAUCCACCUUAUCUCUUCUAUAUCAACCGCCUCCAAAUCGUUUUUUACUGCAUUAGGGUCGCUUCAGGCGCUACAUCGGGAAGCGGCGGAUUCGGUUCAGCGGAUCCAGAUGUUGCGCAAGGACCUCCAGAAGAUUGACCGGGAGAUGGCACUCGGGGGGUUGAAGAUUGUCAACUUGCGCCGUCGGAGGGAAAACGUGCGAUUGCUCGCCAAUGCGGUCUCCCAGCUGCGCGACGUGGUAGAGUCGGUGGCUCGUUGUGAGGAAUUGGUCGAUAACGGGGAGAUCGAGGAAGCGGCCGAUGGUCUGGAGGAGGUCGAAAGGCUCAUGGCAGGGGAAACUACAUCCGAUCGGCCCCGUGAAGGCGACGAGUCGCCGGGGACCCCUCGGAAGGCCAUCGACUUGAGAAAACUGAAAGCCCUGGAGGGUGCAUCCAACGAUCUGUCGCUACUUCGGUUCCGGAUCGGUUCGGGAUACGAGAGCCGCUUCCUGGAUGAUCUUCUCGGAGAUUUGCGACGGCACGUUGCAAGUGUCCCCCUGAAUGCAACACUGCAGCGUUGGGGCGCCUCGUUCCAGCGACAGCGUGGAGUACAACGCGUCAGCGUCGUGCCUGCAUAUAUCACAUUCGACGAUCAACUGAGAUCACGACUCCACAUGCUUCUGACAGGGCUGGCCCGGGCCCGCCACACAACCCCAGCCGCUACCGCCUUCAAGAGUGCUGUUCUGCGAGAGAUGAAGGGACUGAUCCGCAAGCAGAUGCCGAGCUCUAGUGACGAUGACAACGAGUCAAUGGUGUCUGUAUCCACGGUACGAUCCCAGCAGCGCAACCAGCAGGAGAAAUCGUCGAUCCUUGCCCGCAACCUGCGCGCAAUGGAUGCUGAAGACGCGUAUCAAAUGUUCUCUCGAGUGUACGCCGCGAUUAGCGAGUCACUACGGAGACUUAGUGUCCAAGUGAAGGUCCUACUCGACAUUGCCAGCGGGCUAGGAGGGCCAUCGACCCCGAGCGUCAGGUCUCCCACCCAAGAUCCUAUGUCGACAACCCCGGACAAUGCGAACAUCGUUGCCCAAGAUGAAAUUCUGCAGGUCUUGGAUAUGUCCAGUCUCCUGGGUCAAGCUGUCGAUAUUGCCCAGUCACAAAUCACCAAGGUGCUGAAAGUGCGGUCGGACCAGACCGCCUCUCUAGCGAAGGAGGAUUUCCUGAAAUACUUAACCCUCAACCGGCUCUUUGCCGACGAAUGCGAAGCGAUCUCCGGGCGCAGCGGCACGGUGUUGAAGACAGUGGUCGGCAACCAUAUUCGAGAGUACAUCAACCGUUUCGGAGAGUCCCAGCGGCACCACCUUGUCCAGGUGAUGGAUUCCGACCGAUGGGACGCGAGAGACUUUGGAGAAGCCGAGAACACCACCUUACGGCGCAUCCUGGACUCGAGCACCAAGGACAUUGAAGCCUGGGGUACUAUUUCGAAGAUCUGGCUGUCCGAGGACAAAGAUCAGGUUGAAGCGGUUACGGCUGUGAACGGGAAGGACAAGGUGCGGAGCGCGGAAAUCGACGAGCAGAAGUACAUCCUGACCGAAUCGGCCGUGGCGAUGAUGAGGAGCAUCGAAAAUUUCCAAUUCCUCAUGUCCAACAUCCCCACCAUGAUCCAGGACAUCGCCCCCGGCCUCCUGGAGUCUCUCAAACUGUUCAACUCGCGGUCCUCGCAGCUGAUCCUUGGGGCCGGAGCCACCCGAAGCGCAGGCCUCAAGAACAUCACAACGAAGCAUCUUGCCCUAUCCUCCCAGUCCCUCAGCUUCGUCAUCGCCCUAGUACCGUACAUCCGGGAGUUCGUCCGCCGACAAGCGCCGUCCACCUCCUUGCUAGGUGAAUUCGACAAAGUCAAGCGGCUGUGCCAGGAACACCAGUCCGGGAUCCACGAGAAGCUGGUAGAUAUCAUGAGCUCGCGAUCAUCGGUGCACGUCAACGCGAUGAGGAAGAUCGACUGGGACGCGACGCAGUCGACGAACGUCAGUCCAUACAUGGAGACGCUAGCAAAGGAGACGGGCACGCUGCACCGCGUUCUCAGCAAGCACCUUCCCGACAUGACGGUGUCGAUGAUUAUGGACCCUGUGUUCAACACGUAUCGCGACCAGUGGACCAAGGCGUACGAGGAGGCGGACGUCCACACGGAGAAGGGCAAGCAACGACUCCAACACGACGCAGAAUUCUUCCAAUCGAAACUCAACCGCAUCGAAGGCUUUGGCGAUCUCGGCGAGCGUCUCCUGGAACUGGUCCAGAAAAAGACCAUCGAAGCAACCCCAUCAUCUCCAGACGGUACCAAAAACGGCACCGAGACGACCAACGAGGACUCGAAGGCGUAAGGGAAGACACAGGACACGCAAAACAUUGUAUACAUAAUAAUAUCUGAUCCAUCACUUACCGCUCGUGCUGAAGGGCAAGCUUGGCAAGCGAUAAUUGACCUUUGGAUUUGGCUUUGCACAUUUUCGAUCGAAUUACAUAGAAAACCGGCGUUUUAUUUAGCUUGCGCUAUAUAUUCAACCGAGACACUUUAC